AUGCCUCUGAUAAAAUUGGUAACCACUUUCACCUUUGGAAAUGAUCUUGGCACAUUCAAAGAAGAAGCAGUUUCAGAAAUUGCUGAGAUUCUUCGAACAGAGAAAAAAUAUGUAACACUGGACAUUGCGUACAAGAAGACUGAAAAUGGGCAUAAGACUUUCUGUGACAUCACUUAUUUUGAGGAGUUUUUGCCCUCGAUGGUGAAGGAAAUGUAUUCUCAGGCAGCCUUGAAACUUAAGACCCUCUUGGAAUUGUACUGUGGGGAACAUAGCUUCUUUCUUAAGUAUAAGAGUUAUGAGGACCAAGUGUUGAUAGAUUGGACAGAGAAGAAUGAUGUAAUUGCUUCAAUACCAGUUGAGGACCAGGGACAAAGGAGAAACUGCUGGGCUUAUGUGGCAGCAUUCAUUGUAAGCGGGACCUAUUCCCAAGAACACCCUUCAAUUCAAGAUCUCUCGGAAAUUAUGACUUCAACCCAGGACCUCUCAGAUUGGGUCUACAGCUUUCUUGAUCUCAAGAAUGAGGUUGACAAUUAUGGGUAUUAUGGAGGUACCGCUAGUCAAGCUUUUGCUUAUGUAAAGGACUGUGGCGUUGCGUUGUUGAAAAACUACCCUACGGAGGAGUUUAAGGAGAGGCAAAUUCAAAGGACUUUUGAUGUAGAUGUGUUUUCGAAGAUCUGGCGUGGCAGGGGUGAUAGGAUUUUCAUUGACCACUACGACUGCCUUGUUCCGGAUACAAUCAUCUACCAGCCAGGUACACCCCUUCACGGUCAGCCUAGUUUUAGUCUGGAGUCAAUAACGCAAUUUAUUCACCAAGGAAUGGCAUUUGGUUCCAUUUUCUACUGUGGUGGGUGUGAUAUAUGUGAAGGUUUGGAUAAGUUUGAUGGUGUAGGCAUCUAUGAUGAGCCGCCUCAUCCCAAGGGUCACAAUUAUUGUCAACAUGCAGUAGCUGUUACCGGAGCAGGCAAUCGCCAUGGCAUAGAUUUUGUACGUAUUCGCAACACCAGAGGACCUGGUUGGGCGAAAGAUGGAAGUGGAGACCUGCAAAUCAAGUUCUUUCUGGAAUUGGCUCACGUUUCUGGGACAAAAAGAAAGAAGAGUUCGAUAACCACCCAAGAGCAGUAGAUUAUUCCUUCUUUCUUGUGAGAAAGAAUCUUGAGUUUAGUAGUUUCAUUUAUAAUAUUCAAU